AAAGGGCACUGAUGGAGGCGUUCUUAUCCGGUAUAAAUACACCUGCAAGGACAUGCUUAGGAAGAGAAGAUCCUGCACCAUGAAGCCUCAACGUCCUCUGCUAAAGGCGGCAGUGGUUCUGUCACUGCUGUGCGCCGUGACUGCGGGAGGAGGAGCUGGCUAUGGGCGCGGAGGCAGAGGCCGGAGCCGAGGCACGACGGUGGUGAAGGCCCAGCUGGUUGGGGCCGGAACUUAUCCUAGCCGAGGCAGGACCAGCUUUUCUACAGCUGGCGGUGCCGGAGGAGCUGGCGGUUUCGGAGGCGGUGCCGGAGGAGCUGGCGGUUUCGGAGGCGGUGCCGGAGGAGCUGGCGGUUUCGGAGGUGGGCUGGAGGAGCUGGCGGUUUCGGAAGCAGUGCCGGAGGAGCUGGCGGUUUCAGAGGAGCUGGCGGUGCCGGAGGAGCUAGCGGUUUCGGAGGCGGUGCCGGAGGAGCUAGCGGUUUUGGAAGCGGUGCCGGAGGAGCUGGCGGUUUCGGAGGUAGUGCCGGAGGAGCAAGCGGUUUCGGAAGCGGUUUCAGGGGAGCUGGUGGUUUCGGAGGCGGUGCCGGAGGAAGUGGCUUUGGAGGUGGUGCCGGAGGAGCCGGCGGUUUUGGAGGAGCUAGCGGUUUCAGAGGCGCUGUUGGAGGUGGUGGUUUCAGAGGAGCGGGCGGUUUUGGUCAUUCCGGAGCCACUGUUAUCAGAGUCCUUGACGACGAUGUAUUCGAUGAUUCCCAUGAAUACUACUGAGCAGAAAAGGGUCUCACGAGCCUGCAAAAAGAAGAAAAAAAUGCUGAACGAAUUCUUUAAUAAAGAUUCUUAAAAAGUG